UUUUCUAUUUGCGGACUAAUGGGGCGACAACCCCCCAAAGUGGACUAGUGGCAGAACUCAGCCUCUCCUCCAGGCUUUCUUGUUGUCCCUCGACUUCCACCCGUUUGUCUUCCCGCAUUUGCCUCUCUCCUUUUCAUCAUCUCAACGUCGCGUCUCUCAUCCGAACGUGGUGUAUAAUUAACGUCAAUACUUCUGUUCUACUCCACUGUCUACCACCUAUCUCGCUAGUCACGCCUGUCAGAGCAACUGUCUUGAAAACAGACUUUUACCUGCCCUUGCUGUUGCGAACCUCUCUUCGGUGACGCAACGACUGACGCUUGAACUCCCGAGAAUCUUUUUCAGAGUCGCUAGUCUCGCUCAUAUUCAUCUAUCUUUCACCUAACAAAAUGUCUGGAAAGUUGGACAAGUCUCUUGACGAGAUCCUCGUCAACCGUCGUCAGGGCGCUCGUCGCCGCAAUCGUCGUUCAACCCAGGCCAAGGCUGCCCCGGCCGCUGUUGGAGGAGUAAAAAAGAGCACGAAGGCUGCGAAGCCCAUCGGCAAGGCUGCCCAAGCUGGACACCCUAUGUCAACUGAAAGUAAAAUCAUGGUCAGCGGCUUGCCUUCCGAUGUGAAUGAGGCCAAUAUCAAGGAAUACUUCUCUAAAUCUGCAGGACCCGUCAAGCGAGUCAUGCUCACUUACAACCAAAAUGGCACUAGCCGUGGCAUCGCCUCCAUCGUCUUCAGCAAACCCGACACGGCUGCCAAAGCCGCCAAGGAUCUGAACGGACUGCUUGUUGAUGGACGUCCCAUGAAGAUUGAGGUUGUCGUUGAUGCCAACCAUGCUCCCGAAGUCCCCGCUGCCAAGCCUCUUGGUGAGCGUGUCGCACAAACCAAGUCCCAACCCAAGCCAGCCACUGCCAGCAAGGCUGCCGACAGCACUCGUGGACGUGGCCGUCGUGGUGGCCGCCGUGGACCCAAGUCGAACCGUCCCAAGCCGAAGAGCGUGGAGGAGCUUGACGCUGAGAUGGUCGACUAUUUUUCUAACGAAAACUCCGGUCCUGCUGAGGGCAAUGCUCCCGCUCCUGCGGCCGCUCAGCCCGCCAAUGGUGGCGAGGAUCUUGGAAUGGCUGAGAUUUCUUAAAUGUAUCAUGGUACCUUCUAUUCAAUUGCAGAGGCAGGUUACUUCUGCCAAGUCAGGUUGGCUUCUAGUCGGCUAGGGA